AUGUUUAGUAUGGAAAGCUUUGUCAGUAACACUGAUAGCUCCAGCAUCUAUUUCAACACGACUGUGUCUCCAAGCCAGAGUCCGAAUAGCCUGCACACACUCCACCAAUCAGAACUGAUCAGCUACUAUGAACGCGUGGUCAUUGUCACGGUGAACCGAGUUGGUCUCAGCACUGUGUUGGGGCUGACGGGAGUGGUCUCCAACGUCCUUAACAUCUACGUGUUCCUAAAGCAAGGUCUACACAUCGUCAUGAACAUCAGCUUCUUCGUGCUGGCCAUUUCCGGCCUUCUCCGCACCAUAAACUUCCUCUGGAUGACCGUGUGCAACAAUCCGGAGAUUGAUUCCCUAGAUGUUCCCUUCUUGUUUCAAGAUGUCCAGUUUUUAACUAGCGCCUGGAUUAGCGGAAGUCUGGCCAGAAUAAGUAUUUUUAUAACCACAUUCAUGACCAUUCAGAGGUGUAUCUCUAUUCUAAAACCGAUGGAAAUUAAAACAAUAAUCACGCCUCUGAGAUCUGUCAUCAUUCUGUUUUGUAUAUUCCUAGUGAAUAGCACGAUAGCCAUACCCAUAUGUUUGUCGUGGUAUCUGGAUCAUAACUUCUACCCUAGCAAAAAUCGUACUUUGCUGGGUCUUGUCGUUAGGGAUAACUCUGCCGAGGCCCAGAGUGUUGUCUACAUUCUACAUGCCGCACUGUUUGUUAUUUCCCUUGUCGGCUUAAUAUUCUUUACAGUUGUGUUGAUACUCAAGAUGGAACAACUCUCCCAGUGGAGGCAGGACGCACUAAGCAAGAACCAGAACCAGGCUAUCUCCAAGAGGGAUAAGAAAAUGUCCAAAAUUGUCUCCCUUCUGGCAAUCUUCACCAUAGUGUUAAGUACGCCAACCGUCACCGUCUCGAUCGCCUCGACCUUCGUGUCAGCUUUUAGCGUCUCCGGAAAUCAGGUCAAUUUAUAUUUUGCUGUUUGGUCUUUUGCUUACGCGUUUGGCGCCAUCGAGGCGAAUGUCAGCGUCUUCAUCUACUACAACAUGAGCUCAAAGUAUAGAGACACUGUCCAACACAUUGGCUGGUUUUGUUGCACGGACUGCAAGGCCCUUUCAGCCAAGCCUAGGCCAGUGACGGACAGUCGCAAUUUGGAUCGUACUGUAUCUCAAGUUAAAAAGUAG